GAGGGUCGUUGCUACCCAUCCGCGUCUGAGAGUUAAUGCAUAUUGAUGAGGGAGGCUGAGCCCACGGCUCGUUCAGGCUCUCUGCAAAGAGGAGAGGCAGUCCAGUGACUAGGGAACAGCGCGCGGUGUUCCUCCCGCAUAGGCAGCUGCCGGCCGGUUCCUCUAGCCGAAUUGGUUUUCCUUCCUUCCCUCCAUCACUUGGGGCCUACCGGAUGGGAUGCUGAGGUGAGCGGAGUAUUGCCAGCACGCUCAGAGGCCAUCCUUCUUCCAUUUGCCAAUCCAACAUGGAAGCCCCUCUUGUAAGCCUGGAUGAAGAGUUUGAAGAUCUGAGGCCAUGCUACAUAGCGGAUAGGGAAGAGAAAGCUCAUUAUUUUUAUGGCUCUUCAGCUCAGCACUUGGAGGAUCCUUCUCUUUCUGAGCUUGAGAACUUCUCUUCUGAGAUCAUCAGCUUCAAGUCCAUGGAAGAUUUGGUCAAUGAAUUUGACGAGAAGCUCAAUAUUUGCUUUCGGAAUUACAAUGCCAAAACAGAGAACUUGGCUCCCGUGAAGAACCAUUUCCAGAUCCAGGAAGAAGAGGAGAAUCUGCAGGAUGAAGAGGUCUGGGAUGCUCUAACAGACAAUUACAUCCCAUCCAUCACCGAGGACUUGAGGGAUCCCAACAUUGAAGUGCUCAACGGCAAUAUCUCCGACACAGAGAUCCAUGAGAAGGAGGAGGAAGAGCUUAAUGAGAAGAGUGAAAACGAUUCUGGUAUUAAUGAGGAACCUCUACUCACAGCUGAUCAGGUGAUUGAAGAAAUUGAGGAAAUGAUGCAAAAUUCCCCUGAUCCUGAAGAGGAAGAAGAAAUUUUAGAGAAGGAUGAUGGUGGAGACACAAGCAGUCAGGCUGAUUCCAUCCUUUUGCAGGAAAUUCAGGCCUUGUCACAAAGCCUGAACAACAAUUGGUCAUGUGGAGGUUUGGGGCACAUGCCUGUCUCGGAGCUUCUGGAGCUCUUGGAUCGAGUGGAAGGUGCUAUUCAGGAUUACUCGGAGGAGCUGGUGCAGCAGCUGGCUUGCCGAGACGAGCUGGAGUUUGAGAAGGAGGUGAAGAACUCCUUCAUCACCAUCCUGAUGGAGGUGCAGAACAAGCAGAAAGAACACCGAGAGAUGAUGAAGAGGAGGAGGAAAGAAAAAGGGCUAAGUCUGCAAAACAAUCGGAUAGAAAGGGCAGCUCAGAUGCCCCUUAAGCGGUUCAGUAUGGAAGGAAUUUCAAAUAUUCUGCAAACUGGAAUCCGGCAGACGUUUGGAAAUUCAGCAACUGAAAAACAGUAUUUGAACACUGUCAUCCCGUAUGAGAAGAAAGGGGCACCUCCGUCAGUUGAGGACUUACAAAUGCUUACAAACAUUCUCUUUGCCAUGAAGGAAGACAACGAAAAAGUCCCUACGCUGCUGACUGACUACAUUUUAAAAGUUCUCUGUCCUACCUAAGCUCCACGUUCUGAGCAUCAUGAAGACAACAGGAGAUCAGGCCAGGGUGUCAUUCCAUCACAGGACUGCAUGACAUAAUGUACGCGUCUGAAUUGUGUAUUUAAGAUGUAUAGCAUUAACUGGGGUUAAAUACGAGUGAAAUUCUAUCCUUCACUGUUGGUUCUAGUCAUAGUCAACAUUGAAUGCAUGAGUGAAGGCAAGGGAUGUGCGUUCCCCCGCUCUCCUCUCUCCCCCCCCUUCUC